AUGGUCGACAUCCUUGGUGAAAGCGACACCCAGUCGCUCUUAUCCCCCGUCUCCGCCAAUGCCCGAGUGCGAUUGCUAAAAGGCAUCGGCAUCACCCUCAACGCAACGACACAACCCCUUGAAGCUCGCAUCAACCAGCUGACCGAGGAAGGUCAGGCAGAUAGAGUUCGCCCGAUCUGUCUGACCUACCUCACGUCGUUUGCAACGUUUGACGAGCUCAUCGUGGCGAUGAAGCUCCGCUUCCUUCCCCAACACAGCGAUUUCCAAUAUCGCUCUAAGUUCCUCGCAUGUAAGUAA